UCCACACAUCCAUUUCAUAUUCUCUUUCUCUUUCUCACUACCACCGUUCUCUCACCUAACAACCACUCCCUCUCCACCGCCCGCCGCCGCCGCCGCCGGAAAACCAUGUCUACGAAGGAGUGCACCCACCACAAGGAACGGAAAAAGAAGCGAACUCGGCAGUGCUGCGCCGGGCUUCUCAUCUUCCUCUUCCUCGUCCUCCUCACCAUCCUCAUCAUCUGGGCGGUUCUCCAGCCCAAGAAGCCCACCUUCCUCCUCCAGGACGCCACCAUCUUCAACUUCAACGUCUCCGCCCCCAACAUCCUCUCCGCCACCAUCCAAAUCACCGUCACCUCCCGCAACCCCAACGACAAGAUCGGGAUUUACUACGACCGGCUCGGUACCUUCGCCACCUUCCGCGGCCAGCAAAUCACCUAUUCCACCGCUAUCCCGCCGGUAUACCAGGGCCACAAGGACCGCAACGUCUGGUCUCCGUUCGUCUACGGCAACGACGUCCCCAUUGCGCCCUUCUUCGGCCCUAUGCUCAGCGCCGCCCAGGCCGACGGCGGCGUCUGGCUCAUCUUCCGCCUCGACGGACGCAUUAGGUGGAAAGUCGGGACCCUGGUCACUAGCCGCUACCAUAUCCACGUCACUUGUCCGGCCUAUAUUCCGUUCGGAGACACUCCCAGACCCGGCGGCAUCGUCGUCGGCAACGCCGUGAAAUACCAGCUCGUCUCGAGCUGCGACGUUAGCCUUUAAUCGUCAAGUCAACGUCGCCGCGCCGUCAAGUAUUUACUACAGUCAUGAUCAUUUUCCCUGUUUUUACUUUUAUUAUUUAUCAUUUUACCCCACUGCCAAAGUGCCCAGAAUACAGGUGAAAAAUAAUUGUAGAUUUUGCUAUUUAAAAAAGAAAAACAAAAAUAACGACGAGGAAGUGACAGCAAAAUAUACAAUGAUGUAAGCAAGGUUAAGGAUGGGAUGACAAAUAUGUAUAAUACUUAUUUUUUUAUUUUCUCUA